AUGUGGGAGGUGGUGGGCGGUGGAGACAAGGGCGGCAUCUUAGUGCGUGCAGGGCAAGGCACCUCGAGUGAGCAAUUGCCGGAGCGACUUAGUACUGGUGCCAUUGUUGAGGAGUUGGAGUUGGCAGGUGAACGGCUGCAUUACAAGUUGGUCACCGGUCAAGGACCUGCCAGUGGUUGGGUGAGUGUGACCCUCAAAGAUAAGGCGCUGCUCAUCCGCAAAGAUAGCCCUGCAACGGAGCCCGAGACUGCCAAGUCCAAGGAGCUCCGAGACGGGGACUACUUCGUGACUUUAGGGCCAAUCUUCAAGAAAGCAGGGACUGACCCUGAGACCCAGAAGAUUGUGCAGCUGAAUCGGAAGGUUGGUGCGAUUGUGCACACCACCGGGAAGAUCUGGAAGGGCCCUACCGGCGGCUUCUGGGUGGAGCUGGAUGUCUCUCAAGGCGACUCGGGCGCGGGCGAGAAGCCCGGCUACGUCAUGAUUGACGCUGCCGGCUUCGGAACGCCCGGGCCGUGCCUGCAGAAGGCGUCCCCAGAGGAUGGACUACCCCGCGUGCUGAAGGCUAAGAGGCCCGAAGGCAUGAAAGCCUGGGAUGGAAGCAGCUCUGACAAGGACUUCUUGGUCUACAGCAAGACCACUGGAGCUGAAAUGAGGAUCGUCCUCGCUAUGCUCUUUCAGCUGAAGGCUGAGGCCAUCAGCAUCAAGAUUGGGCAGGGUGUGUUGGAGCCCAAUGGUACGGUGGGUGGCCACUUUCAGGGUGAUGAAGUGCACUUCGAGGUGACUGGUGGGAAGCCGAUGAAGCUGGUGGUCAUGAGCCCACUGGAGCUUGGGGAAAAGCUGACAGAUCUGGAGAUCAAAGAUGAUUGGACCGUAGGACAAGUGCGGAAGCUGCUGUGCAGCAUCACUGGUUUGAAGGAAUCCAGUAUGCUGAUGGCCAAGGGCAAAAUGGGCGAAAGGGUCAGUGAAGACGCCCAGCUGAAGCUCACCGACCUUGUCGUCGACUAUGGCUACAAGGACGGUGAUGAGAUUGGCUUCAUCUACAUGGGUGAUCCCGAGGGCGACUUGAAGGACUUCCUCUCAAAGAAGUGA